AUGAAUAAGAAGGCGUACAAAUCUACGCCUACACAAUGUGAAUACAAGUUUAAGAGUUUGAAACGAGAAUACAGGAACACUGUGGAUCACAAUUCAAAAUCCGGAAACGACAAAAAGUCGUGUCCUUCUUUUUCCGAGUUUCGGGAGUUGUAUGGCAUGAACGCCUCCACAAGACCAUCAGUGGCGAUUAGCUCCAGCAGGGGCAUGACUAUGGAGGGCAAUAGUACCGAGAUUAACCAGACUAGUCAGACUCCAAGCAAGACGAGACGAGACAGGAAAAGGAAAGAGAGACCUGAAUGGCUGGAGAAUUUAGACACCAGGCAAGUAGAAAGACACAAAGACAAGAUGGCAGCUAUGGACAGGCUGAUAUCAGUUCUUGAAAAAGGGUUUUCCAAGAAUCAUCAGCCUGCCAUAGACAAUCCUCAUGGAAGUUCUUAG